AUGACGAAACCGAUUGAUUUCAAUCGAUUGAUUGUUGAUGUUUUUAUUUUUCCAGGCGACUGGAAGUUUGGAGUGUCAGUGUGCCAGCUGUGGUUAUCAGUGGACUACACGGCGAGCACGGCGUCGAUCCUCAACUUGUUCAUUUUGAGUCUGGACCGGUACUGGUCCAUCACGAACCCCCUGCGGUACCUGCGAAAGAGGACUAAGCGGCGGGCCCUGUUCAUGAUCGGCAUCGUGUGGCUCAUCUCGACCACGUGGAUCCUUCCGAUCCUGUUCUGGCACCACCUGGAAUUCAGAGGGGUCCGUCAGCAGCCGGUCAGCGUGUGCGAAACGGAAUUCGAGAACAACGUGUCGUUCAAGAUCACGACGGCCGUGUUCAACUUCUACCUUCCGUCUCUGGCCAUGCUCUAUCUCUACGGCAGGAUCUUCUAUGCGAUCGAGAAGAGGACCAAGUUGGAGCUGGAUUCCAUCCCGCAGAUAUCGUUGAACACGUUGAACGCGAGUUCGAGCCAGGACGGGGGCUUCGAACCCGAGCGGGUCGCGAAACGGGGGAAACGGAGACGGCAUCAGAACGGGAACGGGAACUUGGAAGUGCGGAUCCAGUACAAUCAGGAGAGUCCGGACUCCAACGGAUCGUACAACAGUGCUUGUUGCUCCGGUCGAGAAAAUCAGGAUCACAGCGAACAUCUCCAAUGCUUCCACUGCCAGCCGGGAUUGGCCAGGCCCGCGAGCGAGGAGAUGAACUUUCGUGCCCAGACCAGUUUCGUGGAACGGGUCAAGGUCGACGAGACUCGAAUCCGCAUGAAGAAGCAUCACAGGGGAUUCCGAGGAGGCAGGGCCGAGAGGGCGCGGCAGAGCGGGGCGUUGAUCCGCGAGAGGAAAGCGGCCAGGCAGUUGGGGGUCAUCAUGAGUGCGUUCAUCAUGUGCUGGCUCCCGUAUUUCAUUCUCUUCAUGGUGAUUGCUUACUGCCAAGACUGCAUCGAUUCUCGGAUCCACACGGCUUCCAUCUGGCUCGGAUACAUCAAUUCCACGCUCAACCCUUUCCUCUAUCCCCUCUGCAAUGCCAAUUUCAAGAGGGCCUUCAAGAAAAUUCUCGGGUUUUCUCCCCAAUAG